CACUCUUGCCGAGACAACCGCACCGUAAAGACACGAACACGAUCGCGCGGGGAUCCGCUGCACUUAUGAAAUUUUUUGGGUAGCAAGCUUUUUUGUGCCUCCUUAUCGUACGCGGAGACCGUAGUUGAGGAAGUGAAACCACCCGCAUUGCGUUCUAUCCCAUCGUUGCGAUUCUGUGGCGCAGGAUUAUGGUACUGAUAGUGAACUAAACAAACGGAAUAAUUUGCGUCGCUUUGGAAGAGUGUUGUUACCUUCUGGAACAAAAAUCUGGAUUAAAGUGAUUAGCUGAAUGUGAGAUCAUCAGAGAAAUUCGGAAUUCUAAACGAAAAUUUGUAGUGAAGCUCCCGCUCACGACGUGAAGUGUCGUACUCUGAAUCGAAAAGUGUUGAUUCGCUGAAUCAGAAGCAUGCUCAGAAGUUGAACAAAUCAAGUACCGAGUAUUGCAACGUGAAAAACUGAAGAGACAACCUCUGGAACCCGUGGAAAGCUGUGAGAGUCGAGAUUUGGAUAUCUUAAAGUUUAGCGCGAAAGAUUAAUUUUUUUAACAGAUACCACCCGUCAAAAUAGAGGAUGCGCUUGACUAGGAUAUUUUACACGACGUUACUGAUCGGCAUCUUGCAGAUAUCGGAGGCCGACGAUCAGGUGGAGGUAGUCAAAGCUGUAAGUCCGGGCGACGAGGCGGAGAAACGCGAGAAUGAUCCGGACCAGGUGGCGCUUGAAUCCGUCGAUCAGGAUCACCAGGGUUCCUCGUCGGUGCAUUCGUUCCCGCAGCAUAUACCACUGUCGAUUGGACACGGCCCCGGGCCGCAGCCGCACGGGCCCGGUCCUGCUGGAUCGUUAGGGCCCAUUCUUGGGCAUGGAGCGAGUAGAGGUGCGCAGCUUACCAUAGGCCAAUCCUACGGUCCACCUCCACCACCGUUGCCUCUGCCAGCGGCACACGCAUACCACGGUCCUCCGCCACCGCCCCCGAAGUCGAUACAACCAACCGAUCUGGCUCCGGAGAAGCUGUACGGUGCUCCCCUCGCGGGUAAUGACCUGUGGUCUUCGCCGCUCCAGGAUAUGCCGAAGAUCGUCUCGCUGGAUGUGAAGUGCGAGAAGCAGGGCAUGAAGGUGUUCGUCCAGUUCGAUAAGCCAUUCUUUGGGAUUAUCUUCUCCAAGGGACACUACAGCAACCACAACUGCGUGCAUCUGCCGGCAGGACUGGGCAAAUCAUCGGCAUCGUUCGAUAUCGGGAUUCACGAGUGUGGGACAGCCGGAAAUACCGACAACGCACUGUACAACAGCUACUCGGGUACGGAAACGGGAGCGGGUUCGUACUUCGAGAACAUCAUCGUGCUGCAGUACGACCCACAAGUGCAGGAAGUGUGGGAUCAGGCUAGGAAGUUGAGGUGUACUUGGCACGAUCAGUACGAGAAGAGCGUAACGUUCCGACCAUUCCCGGUGGAUAUGCUGGACGUGAUUCGGGCAGACUUUGCCGGAGAUAACGUUGGCUGUUGGAUGCAGAUUCAGGUUGGUAAAGGACCAUGGGCCUCUGAGGUUUCUGGAUUGGUGAAGAUCGGACAAACGAUGACGAUGGUACUGGCGAUUAAGGACGACGACAGUAAAUUCGACAUGUUGGUGAGGAACUGUAUGGCUCACGACGGUAAACGUGCCCCGAUUCAGCUGGUAGACCAAAGAGGUUGUGUGACCCGGCCGAAACUAAUGUCUCGAUUCACCAAGAUAAAGAACUUUGGUGCGAGUGCAUCUGUGCUGUCGUAUGCCCAUUUCCAGGCCUUCAAAUUUCCAGAUUCUAUGGAGGUUCACUUCCAGUGUACGAUUCAAAUUUGUCGCUAUCAAUGUCCAGAGCAGUGUACAGAUCCGGGAAUAUUGGACGUACAUCACCUGUCUGGUGGCCCAGAACAUCAACAGUAUGGACCACCACCGCCACCAACCUUGGAUGCUCACGUGUUCGCUGCCAGUCGCAAGCGAGAUGACCGCCGAAUUCGUCGAACUCGUGCUGCCGACGAUGCCCCAGAAGAGAAGGAAGAUGUCGGCAUGAAACGAAUCAUUCGCGUAGUUUCGCCCGGUGAUUUGACUUUCCCAAUCGGCAGCCAGAAUGGGACCAACGAUUCCACCAUGAUCUUCCCUGCCCGGGAAGAGGGUCUGAUUUGUAUGACAACUCCUGGCUUUACGGUUACGAUCGUAGUCCUGCUCUCGAUCCUGAUUGCCUCCUGCAUAACGUCCGCGUUCCUCUGCGUACGGCUGAAGCCAUUCUCUCUCUCCAGCAAGGAAAGAUCGGUGGCGUUCACCAACCCUCACCUCAGCCCAUCGACCGCAUCGAUCAUAUCAAGUGGUCCCAGCUCUAUGGUCAGUGGAACGAUCAAGUCCACCAAAUCCACCAAAUCGAGGAGCUUCUAUUCGUAAAUGAGCAAGAGACAAGACUGGUCGCUAAGAAACAGUAUAACACAACAGCACACGCACACAUUACAAAAUUACUCGAACCGAAACACACGCGCACACACGCAGAGACAUGCACCCACACACCCGUAAGAAUAUGUUAUUCAUAUGGUUCUGAUUUCGGCGCAAACUGUUAACCUGCAACAUGAUACAAACUGUCAGAAGAUAUACAGAGAGCUAGAGAGAACAAAAAACGAUUUAUUUUGAUAGAAAAACGUAACUUAUUUAUUUAUUUAGUAGCAAAUCUAUUUAAUUGGUUAGCCGAGAAAUGAGAAGAGGAAAGCAGGCGAAAAGACCGUUGUUGACGUUAAGUUUUUGUUUGGUUCACCUUUCGUUGUUUGGUCUUUUGUUAAUGUUCGGGCCUUCUAUUUUUCAAAGCUGACCACACUCGAGAUACAGUAGUAGGGAAUAAGCAGAUAAGUAUCGCAUUAUUAGGGAAAAGUGACAGCGAUAUUUUGAAAUUUAAGCGACCGGAGGCAUAGUUCAUUGAGAUGAAAAAAAAACAAGGUAAAAAAAGCAAAAAAAAAGGAAGCGAGAAGCGAUGGACAGAAAGAUGUCAGCUUUCGAAAUGGGUCGCCAUAUUUACUUAUAGUUAGGUUUAGAGAAACGUACUGUUAUUUAUUUAACGUGCUUCUAUGGUGUUUCUUGUCUUUUUUCUUACACUCACUUUACACAAUUCCAAUGGUUCCAUCUUGUGAUGUUCCCCCAAUAGGCGAAAGGGCAAUUUCACCCUGAAGUUUGUUGGGAUAAUUCAAAAACAGCCACAUCAUGGAAUCAUUGAAAAAGAAAAACGCGUAUAAUGUUGCCCACUGGUUGCACACUUAACCCCCCUUAACCUCUUAAGCUUAAAUUUAGCCGAUCUUUAUUUAUUUAACUCACCCUAAACGAUAAUCGGUGAAGCGACUCCACGUAGCAGGACGAGGUGUGCGUACACAAACACACACAUGUGGUGUCACAUUUUAGAAAUGUGACUCCUCUCUCGAGAGAGUGAAUGACCUUUCUCCUUAACACGCUGAAAGAGAAAAGCUGUCUGUUCAGAUACACUUCCAAAACCACUUGUUUCUCAUACUUCAGCAUACUUCACUCGACGGCACUUAGACUAUAGAACGAUAAACAAUAAUUAUUUAUUAUAUUUAUUAAUGAUUAGACAAAUAUUUAGCUAUUAACUUGAAUUGCUUCCAGAUCAUUCUGCGAAAAGGGACGAACCGGAGGAAAUGAAAAUAUAUAUUAUAGAAAAUAUAUGAGCGAUUAUAUAUUUGUGCGAGUAAAAUGUAUCAUAUUUAUACUCUUAUGAUUAGCUAAGCUUUAUCGAGAACAAAAAAAAUAUGUUAGCCUCGUAAGUAAUUUAUUGAGAACGUUACGUUUAGCUGAGAGAUAUUUAACGUAAAAAUACAGACGACUCUGGACGAGUCUAUUCUCCCCUUGUUAUUGUAUUGAAAAG